AUGAAUGCGCAGAAGUUUAUGACACAUGCGGAGCACGUUUCAGGAUUCUAUCUUUACUUAACUGCCAUUCAGCCUGGUACAUCACAACUCAGUUCAUAUGCAACGCUGAUGUUUACCGAGGCAUUAAAUGAAGUUCGCUUCAACACCAUUACGGAGCGAACACGCACUGCAAUCAACGAGCUGCAGGAUCGUUUCUGUUGCUGCGGUCUGAAUGGACCUGCUGAUUACGGUUGGGAGUUCGAAAAGGAGCAUGAUCGCCGAGUAGCUAGAGCUCGCUAUAUACGGUCAUGGAGAGCACAAAUGGAUUCGGAGUUAGAGCAUGAGCGCAAAGAUGAAUUUGAGGAGGAUACGAUAAGUGAUAAAGCUGAGCAAAAGUCGGCCAUAUCACAAGCAAGUGAGCAGAAACAAAAUGCUGGGAAUUCUCAAAAGCUCAAUCUGGAGCCGAUAGCUAGCACUGAUGGGCCACUGCAAUCAAAGCAAGAGAGCUUCGACUCUGCGAGGAAAAUGAGCGUGAACAAGGACGCGAGAUUGCCGUAUCAAGGCCUUCGCAACGGUGAAGGCGGUCGCACUUCGGCUGGUAGAGGAGCUUCAAACCGAUGGAGGAAAACUCCAAGGCAAAAACCUGUCUCCUUAUCAACUACUGUGAGUGCGAGGGCAUCAAAUUCAUCCGAGAAGGAGGAGUCCAUUGCAAAUCCGUCACAAGUCAAUGAACCACUUCUCGGAAGUCAAACAAUAAGCAACUGA